AUGCCAAGAGGCAAACCUGGAAUUAAACGGAAGGCUGAUCCUUCAUCAUCGGGAGGAACAACGCCCAAAAGCACAAAAUCCGUUACAAGCUCAUCGACGAGUAAAGGAAGGCAAACAUCCAUCACUACAUUUUGCAAGACACGUAAAUUGGAGACUCAACUCAGUGCGGCUUCCACCAAAACAAUUUCGUACGAUGAUGAUGAUGAUGCUAAUAUCAAGGAAAGAGAGGAAUCACCCGUGAAAGUCAUCAUCCCUGAGUCUUAUUCACUCUCAUUGAACAUUAUUACGUCUAGCAGUAAUGCCCCAGAGGAAGAGAAAAUUCCGAACAAUUGCUCCAAGUCGGAUGAGGAAUCAACAACAACAUCAAGUACAUCUCCGAUUCCCUCUGUGACUGUCAAUGACAUUGAAGCAUUAACUAGAAAUAGCAGCAGUAACAGACUCUCUCCUGUGUCAGAGAUUGAACCAAAAAGCAUUGAUGAUGAGUAUGAUAUCUUUGAGGACACGACAUUCGAUAAAUUCUUUUCCUCUACUGCAACUUUCAAUGCCAACAUUGAGUCCAUCCAUGAUUCCCUAAAAGAAGUGCAGGAAACAGCAAGAGAGCUUGUAGAACUGAGAAAAGAAAUUGCAUUAAGUGCUGAGUUAGAUCAUCAAAUAAGAAUUGAAAUGGAGAAACGAGCAAAAAGACAAUCAUUAAGCGAUUCUGAAAAUUUAUCCAAACUAGAGCACAUCUUAGCGGAAGAUGGUACAGCAAUUACGUUUGAUCGCUCCUUGUUACAACCCUCGAAUGACUAUGACGGCUUUGUGACACAGUUAAAAAUUUCGUCUCUGUUCGAAGAGAUGAGAAGGUUUUACAUACUCAAGCUUGAUAAAUGCGGUUUGACGCGAAAUCAAAAAACACAAUCAACCUUAGAAGAAAUUAAGAAAGAAUUAAGACAUGUUGUUCCCAAAGACAGCUCUUCUAUAUUUGAAUGGGAAAGACUGAAAAUCAUUAAGAAGCACUUCUCUUAUCGGUGCAAUGCCUUACCAGCAGAAAUCAAGACAUUAAUGUUCAAACAUAUCAGCAUAACAGAAUUUGAAAAAUAUUUAGGAAGAGUCGGUAUCCAGCUCGAUUGUACUCGGAAAGAUGCCACUACUAAUGAUGACUCUAUUGAGUGUAUUGAGUUUUUAUGUCCUGAGGAAAUGCUGAUUGUGUAUUCAUCUGUACAACGCACUUGUUGUACUUUUGUGAACCAUUUAUUGAAACGUUUUUUAGAAACACUCUCUGAGAACAAGUCCCAUCCAAACUCUGUACAGCACUUUUUACCAUUUCUCAUCUCUGUAUAUAUGUCCAGACAUUACUUUAGACCUGACAAUGUAUUGCAAUCAAAUCCAAAUUGGUUUGCUCUAGCACCGCUUUCAGAGAACCUGCAACCCCUUGCUGAUUCUUUGGUGGAUCAUUCUAUUGGGCAAUCACCAAUGAUUAUGGAACUCAUUGGAAAAAUAUUUGACCUUCAUGACAUUUCUUCCAUGAAGGAUGUCGUCACCACUAUUUUGCAAUAUUUUAGAUUUGAGGAAGUAGAUGCAGAGAAAUUGCCCAUUCUGACAGAUCAGUCAGAACUGUCACACGAGAAUUUGCUAAAACUCAUUCGUGUGUACUGCCCUCCCCUAUUUUCAUGCUUUAUUCAACAAAGGCCUUGGUUGCACAAAAGAUACAAGAACAUUGAGAUAGUUUUUAAGUCACUCAUGCUGAUUAUUCUAGUCAAAAUUACUAACAACAAAAAAGUAUCGAUCAAUGAAAUUCUAGAAUACAUGACAAACCACAACACAGCCAACGAUAGAAUUGAGGAGUCAAUAUUGUUACAUGCGCUACAGUUCAUCAAAAACCUAUCGCCCGUGUGUCCAUCACAGAAGAGUUCGGUUUUCCCAUUUUACUACCUGUUGGAUAAUGUCAUUUCUCUGAUGUUGUGUUUAGAUUUGAAUUCUAUCCAGCGUUGCAUGAGCAAAGAAACCUUGUCCUUGUGUGAAGAUUUGUCCAAAUCGAUUCACUCUUCCCUUCGAACACUAUUACCCAAAGUUGAGUAUAAUCAUUUCUUUCUUCGUUUUGGAGACAUUACUAGGAAAAUCAUCCCUCUUAAAAUCAAAGCUGCCAAAGCACCUCUAACCCAGCAAACUCUCUCUUUCCAAAUGCAUGCUUGUACGGCAAGCGUUGUUCAGCAAUAA